AUGGAUCCCUACUCGCCCGAAGGAGAGCUCAUAAACAUCCACUCGGCCUUCCACGCCGGCGCCUACCAGCAAGUCCUCGACUUCGACACUUCGAAUUUCUCCUCAUCGAAUGCGCUCCCCGUUCGCGUCCUUAAACUCCGCAGCCAAAUCGCGCUUGGCCAAGCACAAGCUGUCUCCAGCGAACUCGCAUCCGAGAAAACACCAGAUCUGGUCGCAGUGAAGCUCCUCGCCGACUAUGAGCAAGGCAAAGACGUAGUGAGCCAGGCAAAGAAGCUGGCAGAGCAACAUGGUCAGGAAAACUUGGUGGUGCAGCUUUGCGUGGGCAUGAUAUUGGAGAGGGCAGGCGAGACGGAGGCCGCGCUUGAUGUGUUGAGCAAGCACCAAGGCAGUUUGGACGCUGUUGCACUCAUCGUGCAAAUCCACCUCCAACAAAACCGCACAGAUCUCGCCACAAAAGAGGCUCAGCGCGCACGGAAAUGGGCACAAGAUAGUCUGCUAGUCAACAUCGCCGAGAGUUGGGUCGGCAUGCGAGAGGGCGGCGAAAAGUACCAAUCUGCUUUCUACGUCUUCGAAGAACUAGCCACAACCGCCCAGUCCACCUCCCCACACUCCCUCGUCGCACAGGCCGUAUCGGAAAUACACCUCGGCCGCCUGCCAGAAGCUGAAGCCGCUCUAAAGCAAGCGCUUUCCAUCGAUGGCACCUCCGCCGAUACGCUCGCCAAUCUCAUCGUUCUCAACACGCUGCUUGGCAAGAAGGAAGAGACCGAGCAAUUGAAGUCACAACUACAAUCCUCGGCCCCACAGCACAGAGCUGUUGCAGACUGGGCGACCAAGAAGGAAGAGUUCGCGAAGGCGGCCGCGAAAUACACGCCGAAGUUCGAAUGCAUGGGUGAGCUGAAUGCUGAGGGGGAUGCUGCGAAAGUUGAACCCAAGAUCAGACCUGGGGGAACAACAGUCGAUAGCGCUACCAAGAAUGAGCGGGAUACCAAGCUUGCGCAAUUGGGUACAAUGAAUGUGGAGGCUUAUCUGGAAGAGCAAUACCUGGGGGCUGUCGAGGCCUGGGCCUGGGACAGCGACAAGAGCAGCGAGGAGUAUCUGUGGUUGCAAACGGUGCCCAAGAGACACAGUACGUGGCACGAUUGA